AUGUAAUCAGUAUAAUAGCCUCAAAAAUCUGUUUCAUAAUCAUUGAAGAUUCGUAAAAGGCCUACCUUUGAACAAAUUCAUCAUCCUUAAGAAGAACAUCAUCAUAAAUUAUUAUAGAAUUAGGAUGAUUCACACAGAAUUCCAAAUCAUACACAUAUAGAUGGAGAAAAUCAUACACAUAUAGAUGGAGAAGGGCAUGUAAACUUAAAUUCUUUAAUAUUAGUUACUAAUAUAGAUAGAGAAACUAAGUCAUACACAUACAGAAGAAAAUAAUAAAGAAAAAUAAACACAAACUUCACUAUUAUAAUAUUUUAAGCAUCGUCCUGAUCCUAUUUUAAAUUGGGAGUAACAUUAAGAGAAAUAUUUCUAUUCUGAUUUCUUGGAAUUUAUAGAAACUCUUUAUCAAUAAGUUAAACGAAGUUAAAGCAUUAAUAGAUAUUAUGUAAAAAUAGGACUUCAAAUUUUCAUUUAUCUUUUAAAUUUCCUUGAACUUAUUUUUACAUUAAGCUAUGCAUCAUAUAAUUAAAUUUCAAAUGAAUAUAAAAUAUUCACAAAUUGUCACAUAAUAUCUAUAUUCUUAUGUGUUUCAAUUCAUUGUAUAACAUGGAUGUAUACAUAUAAAUUUAGAUAAGUCUAAAAAAAGUUUAUAGUCCUUGAAUUAUUAAAUUAUAUUUAUUACAUGUUACUGGGGGCAUUAAGUUAUUUUAAAAUAGCUCCAUUUAUUUAUUAUUUCAUUCGAGAUUAAUCUAUUAGAUAGUUUUCUUUUAGUGAAAUUAAUAAAUACUUGAUAUUAGAUGGAGAAGAUAAAUUUAGAAAUCCAUUAAGACUAUUUAAAUUAAGAACAAAACCAGUCAAUAUAUUUAGAGAUUUAAUAUUCCAUAGAAUAGCUCUUGUAUCAAUGAUGAUUACAAUGUUCUUCUAAACAAUACCUUAACUCUUUAUUUAAGGUUUUUAUAAUUCAAAAAAAGAAACAUGGAAUGAUGGAUUUAAUGUUAUAAGUUAUAUGUUAUUAAUUAGUAGUUUAAUAUAUUACCUUUUGGAAUUACAAUUUAUCAUAUUAACAACUACUUAUAGAUAAAUUUAAACUGAAUUACAAUUUAAAUUAAAAAAAAUUAAAUUAAAGUUUAUUGAAGAAACUAAACAAUUAUUAAAAGCAGAUUUAAAAUAUAUGGCAUUUAUUUAAUCAUUUUAUUUUCAUAUUGAUCCAAGUAAAUUUAGUUCUUACCAAAAAAAAAGAUGUAUGGUAUAAAUUAUAACAUUCUUAACAAGAUAAAAGAAAUUUAAAAGUAUUUAAUUCCUAUUUCUUGAUUAAUAUGAGUAAGUUACUCUUUAAUAUUUGGCAAAUUGUGUAAAAAUUAUUUAAGUAGAAAAAAUAAGUUUCUUAUAUAAAGAUUAAACUAAAUUACACAUUUUGGAAAGUAUUUUUAAUAAGGAAGAAUUUCCAUAUUUAAAUUUUUAACUUUAAAACAGUUAAAAUAUUGAUGAAAUGUGGAAUUCUGAUAUUAUUGAUUUAAAUUCAGAAGAGGAAAAGGUUUAAUAAAUACAAUUUAUUGAAAAUCCAAAAAUAAAUAAAGAAGUUAAUACUGGAUGGUAAGCAUUAUAUUAGAAUUAACAAUUAUAAUAAAUUAAAAACAGAAAUUAUAUAACAAUAUCAUCAGAUUUUAAGAAAUUUAUUCAACAAAAUUAAAAAUACUCAGAAACGUCUAAUGAUAUAAUAAAAUAAGCUAAAGAAAAGAUUGAUAGUAUAACAAAAAAAGAUCUUUUUGCAGAAUAGUUUAAAUAAAUAUCUUUUUUUAUUAAUUUAUACGAUUGUUAUCAAAAAAUGAAAAGUAUUUAAGAAAUUCAAGGAUUUUUAUAUUCAUUUGGUUCCUUAUUAAAUGGAGGUUUAUAAAUUAUUUCUCUCAUUUAUUUGACUGAAGGAUCCAAUAUGUUUAUAACUGCUUUAAUUGUUAUAAAUGUCAUAUAUCCAAUUUUAUAGAUGUUAUCAUUUGCUUUUUUUUAAUUUAGAUUAUUUUAAGAUUUUUCAAUUAAAAAGUAAAUUUUAAAUGUAAUUUUAUUUGUUAUUAUUAAUCUUUUAAAGAUUUUAGAUUUAGUAAUUUUUGUUUUGUAUUUAUUAAAAAAGUAAUUUACUGAUAAAGUUAAAAGAGAUUUUAGUGCCAAAGGAUAUUAAAAAUUUAAAAGUUAUGCAGCUAAAUUUGAAGGAAGUAUUGCCAUUUCAGUCUUUUAAUGGGAUGCUGUUAAAGUUAAUGAAAGCAUUUUUUCAAUUAAAAAAUAACCAUUUUAUUAAGCAGUUAUUUGGAGAGCUGGUGUUGAAGAAGCUUUAAUUAAAAUUGCUUUAUUUUAUAUAUAUUAUUUAUCAACUAUGGAAGGUGCACUAAAUCCAACUUUUUUGAUGUCAUCAGGAUAACAAAUUAAAGAAGGAAUAAAAUAAAUUAGCGAAUUCUUAGAAUGUUUCAUCAAAGAUUUUCUUAUUCCAGCUUUUAUUUUAAGUACAACUUCUGUAGAAUAAUUCUUUUAAUCUAUGUUAUUUUUAAGUUCAAUAUCAAAUUAAAUUUUAUUAGAAUAUCCUAAGUCCUUUUAAAUUAUGUCCAAAGUAAAUGAACGUUAUUUAAAAGAAAAAUGUACCUUUAAAAUAAAUGCUGAAAAUCUGGAUUUUUCUAAUUAUGGAGGAAAAAAAAAAGAAAAAAUUUUAGCUUAAUUUAGAUAUGUGCUUGCAUCUAUAUAAAACAUCUUAGAAAUAGAUUAAGCUUAAAAAUUAUUUUGUAUGGGAUCAGAAUUAAAUGAUUUUGUAAAAUGUUUGAAUGUUAGUUCAAUUUAUUAACUAAAACUUAAUUUUUCGUUAGAUGAAGUUAAUCCUGAAAAUCUACCUUAUGUUAAUCAUAUUAUUUAGUAUUGUCCAAAUAAUUUGUAAUUUCUACAAAUAUCAAUUGAAUCUACAGAAUAAAUUAAUAUGUUAAUUGAUGUAAAAAGAAAGGAUACUUUAAAGGCUUUUUGUUAUUCUUAUUUUUAGAUAAUUACCUUAUAUAAAGAUAACACUUAAGGCGCUUAAAAAACAUAUUUAAAUAUAGAUUAAUAAUUCUUAUAAUUAGAUAGAUAUGAUUUUGAAUAAUUUUAUCUUGAAAUAGCAGGAAAUCUAAUUUUAGAUAAUUGCUCAAAAUUUCUUGAAAAUUUUAUCAAAUUGAAGAUUUAAAAAUUAUCUCUUAAGAACAAUUCUGCUCUUCAAAUAUUUAAAUUCUAAAAGAAUAUAAAAAGUGAAUUGGAAAUUUUGGAUAUUACAUUUGAAAAUAUUACAUUAGAUUUUUAAUAAUUCUUUAUUAAUAAGCUCAAAACAUUUAGAUUAAUUUUGAAUAAAUGUGAAUUUAGUAAACAGGAUCUUAAAAAAAUAUUAUCCAAUUUAAAGGACACGAAAUUGUAAAUGGUUUAUAUAGAUAUAAAAAAUUGUAACUAAAAUUUUACAAAAGAUGAAUAAAUACAGUUAUUAAGUUCCUUAGAACAGAACAAAAUUGAUGCCACCAUUAAAAUUUGA